AUGGCUUCUACACCAUCUGUUCCAGACAUUGUACGGCUUUCGCAGCUCGAAACUCAAUUUUCUUCAAGCCCAGAAUACACCCAACAUAUUCAACAUGUUCCAGAAAAUACACGGGAACGAAGAAGGGUUCCGAAGGAAGAAAGAUGGCAGAGAAUAAGAAGACUAGGUCGUGGUACUUUCGGGGAUGUCUGGUUGGAAGAAUGCAUUCAAGGUGAUACGAAAGGGGAGGUACGAGCUGUAAAGAAGAUCCAGAAGCUUGAUCGCAAUCGCUAUUAUAGAGAACUGGAAGCUAUUGCUCUAUUCUCUCAUAAUAAGGUCGGUCUAUCUAUAUUCUUAAUCGCGUACGAGCAAUGCUUUGUGAAAUCCUUCGGCUGGUACGAUGAUAACAAAAGUAUUUACAUAGCCAUGGAAUUUCUUCCCGACGGCGACCUACAUCAGCAACUUACUUCGCCACUACCAGAAAUCGAAGGCCAGUCUAUCGUUCUCCAGGUUCUCGAAGGACUGAAUUUCAUGCAUCAAAAUGGGUUUGCUCAUCGAGACUUAAAGCCAGCUAAUAUCCUAGUUGUCAACAUGGGUCCAAAUUGGUGGGUGAAAAUUGCGGACUUUGGGAUUAGCAAGCGUGCAACCGAAGAACUUACUGCACUACGGACCCGGACUGGCACUCCUGCUUUUGCAGCACCGGAAGUACUUGACUUUACUCGAUUAGAGCCGUACACAAAUGCUGUUGACAUCUGGUCUCUAGGUGUGAUUACAUUCCUUAUACUUACUGGCGAGACUUUGUUCAAAGAUCAGCGACGCCUCGGCCAGUAUGUUGCAGGCCGUUUUGCAUUCCCACUCGAUAAAUUAUUAGCCAAUAAAGUGAGCGUACAAGGAUGUGAUUUUGUAAAGGCUUUGAUGGCGCCAGAGGCCGAGGAUCGCCCUAGAGUCGAGGAAUGUCUUCAGCAGCCGUGGUUAUCUUCUUUACCACUCGAAACAAAAUCGUACAAUUCGGAUAUUGAAGCCUCUGCACGCUGGAGCACACACAACCAAACUCUGCCUUAUAAACCUACGAGCAGGCGAGCAGAUAACGUAAAUCUCGCGCUACCAGCUCCAUUAAGGACUAAAGACCAGUUUUCAGCCUUUGAGGCGCAUACUGAAGAGACGAUGCUGUCGCCUAAAUCAGCAAUAACAGAAUCAACAGCAAAAUCUGGAUUUAAAGUCGUCUAUCAGAAGCUAUAUGCCACCCUUAAGGGCCAUUUCGGGGGCGUUGAUGCCCUCGCAUUCUCGCCAGACGGCAAGGUGCUCGCAUCAGGGUCCUGGGACGACAACACAGUGCAGCUCUGGGACCCGGCGACGGAAGCGUGCCUAGCCACGCUUAAGGGCUAUUCUAGGGGCGUUGGUGCCCUCGCAUUCUCGCCAGACGGCAAGGUGCUCGCAUCAGGGUCCAGGGACGGUAUAGUGCGGCUCUGGGGAAACCCAAUGAUAACUACAGAUUUGAGAAGGAACCCAACGACAAUUAAAGGUAACGAAAGUCAGACGGUUCUCUAG